GGUGUUCCUCAAGAUUGAACGAACGGACUACAGGAGAGAGCGAGGGAGCGACAGAAAGAGAGAGAGAGACGUGCGCACUUGAGCUGGCGCUGUGUGGGAAAAUAGCGCACAGGGGCACAGGCGAGAGACUCGAGCUUAACCUGAGAUCCAGGGUCCAGCUGUGGAUGUCCAACAUCUUUUGCGCCUGGAGUUCGUUCAAACUUUUAUACGGGGACAUCAGGAGUACUGACAGAAGUAUUUGUUCCCGUUAGUGUAAAGAAAGCGUCACUGAAAGUGGUCCAUUCAACAUGGAAUUACCGGUUCUGGUUUUAGUGUUGGUGGUCCUGCCGUUCGGCACCAGCACUAAACUGAACGUGCCGCGCCUACGCCUGUCAUACAAAGAUCUGUUGGCCACAAACCGUACCUCCAUUUUUAAUGGUUUCAAUGGAGAUCUCCACUUGUCGGCUGUGUUUUUGGAUGAAUAUCACGACAGGCUUUUCCUGGGAGGGAAGGAUAUUCUCUACUCGCUGAGACUGGAUCACACGCAGGAUGCUAAAGAGAUCCAUUGGCCUUCGUUGCCUGAGAACCGUGAGGACUGCAUUCUCAAAGGGAAAGAUCCAGAGACGGAGUGUGCGAACUUUGUUCGGUUGCUGCAACCAUUUAACCGCACUCAUCUACUGGCCUGUGGAACUGGAGCUUUCCAGCCUGUGUGUGUGUAUGUGAACGUCGGACACCGCGGAGAGCACGUGUUCAGUUUGGAUCGUACCAUGGUGCAGAAUGGGAGGGGGAAAUGUCCCCAUGACCCCAAACUACCAUUUGCAAGCACCUUCGCAGGUGGAGAGCUAUACACUGGUCUGACUGCAGAUUUUUUGGGGAGAGACUCUGUGAUUUUGAGAGGUUUAGGGACUCGCUCGCCCAUGAGAACAGAGACGGAUCAGAAAAUCCUACACGAGCCCAGGUUUAUUGCGGCCCACCGCAUUCCUGACAGUGCAGACAAAGAUGACGAUAAAAUUUAUUUCUUCUUCACUGAAAGAGCAAAAGAGACCGCAGAGCGAGAUGACGAAGGAGCCAUACACACACGCAUUGGACGUUUGUGUGCGAAUGAUGUGGGUGGGCAGAGGGUUCUGGUAAAUAAGUGGAGCACAUUUAUUAAAGCCCGACUGGUGUGUUCCGUUCCUGGACCUCACGGCAUCCAAACACACUUUCACCAGCUGGAGGGUGUGUUUCUGUUAAGGACCAAAGAUGAAACCAAUCCAGAGAUCUACGCAAUAUUCAGCACCAUCAGUAAUGUGUUUCAGGGCUAUGCAGUGUGUGUGUACAGUAUGGCUGAUAUCCGUGAAGCAUUCAAUGGGCCAUUUGCUCACAAAGAAGGACCGGAUCAUCAGUGGGGACCUUACGAAGGGCGCGUCCCUUACCCGCGACCAGGAGUGUGCCCCAGUAAGAUCACGGCCCAGCCUGGUCGUGCCUUCCGUAGCACACUGGAGUUUCCAGACGCUGUUCUGCAAUUUGCACGAACACACCCACUAAUGUGGCGCCCCAUUUACCCAUCACAGCGACAACCGCUGCUGCUCCGCACCGGGGCCCCAUACAAGCUCACACACAUCACUGUAGACCGCACACAGGCCGAGGACGGAUACUAUGAUGUCAUGUUCAUCGGCACUGAUAUUGGGACUGUGCUAAAGGUUAUCGUACUUGGAAAUGGCAACUCUCUCGCCAACGAGGAAAUCACCCUGGAGGAAAUGCAGGUGUUCAAGGUACCCACUCCCAUAACCUCCAUGGACAUAUCUGUGAAAAGGCAAACUCUGUUCGUGGGUUCACAGACAGGUGUUGUCCAGGUGCCUCUACACCGAUGCAGUAUGUACGGCAAAGCUUGUGCCGAGUGCUGCCUGGCUCGAGAUCCAUACUGCGCCUGGGACGGACACACCUGCACACGCUACCUGCCAAACACAAAACGACGUUACCGUAGACAGGACAUCAAACAUGCAAACCCAGCACUGCAGUGCAUGGACCAAAACCUCAGCGUGGAGGAUCUGGAUCUGACUGAAGAACGGGUCAUUUACGGCACUGAGAACAAUAGCACCUUCCUGGAGUGCAUCCCUCGGUCGCCACAGGCCACUGUCACAUGGCACAUUCAGAGAGAUGACUUCUUAGAAGAGGUGGUACCAGAUGAACGUAUCAUUAAGACAGAUGACGGUUUGUUGUUCCGCCGUGUGCUCCGUCAGGACGAAGGCAUCUACGUGUGUCGAUCUCGGGAACACGCAUUCACACAAACCCUCUCACGCUUCUGGCUGGACGUCUUACAUGCCGAAACCCUUUUGGACCUCCUGUCACGUGACAGCAAAUACAAAGUGUGGUCACCGUGCACCGGCAACACAGCCUCUACCAAUCGCGGCCCAGCCAGGACGUGGUUCAAGGACGUUUUGCAGCUGAUCGGUCCUUCAAACCUGCCGCAGGUGGAGCAGUACUGCGAACGCGUUUGGUGUAAUGAGAAGCUGAGACGCAAACACAAAAGCAUGAUGGACAAAUAUCGGCAAGCGCAGGACUCAGCGCGGAGAGGACGUGUCCAAAAGAGCGUGGGGGAAUCCCGAAUCCGCUCUCCACGGGACCUCCAUACGCAAGAGUAAAACACAGACCCACAUGAAGCAAAAUGGACUUCCAAUGGAAAGUGGGUUGAUUUUUAGAUGCUCUCAUACACACAUAAACAUACUUGUUUUUGUUUGUGGUGAUGUAUAUUGUAGGUUUUGUGUCUAACAGUCUAAGUUCUCUCUGUGUUAAUUAGGGCAUUCUUGAGCGUCCUCUCCAAAAAGUUUCUGUGACCAUGGCAGCCGGCCCUCAUCACCUCACAGUAGACCGUGUCUAAUGUUAUAUGUCUCACUUAAGAACUCAGCAGCUGCAAAACCUUUUUACUGGAACAAAUGAGGGUAGACAGGAUGAAACUCACAGACUGGAGCGCUGCCCCUGCUAUAACAGGUGCCAAAAAACAUACAUUUAUUUCAGAUAUGUCUGGCUGUGAUACAACUGGGCAUAAUGCUCAGAGACUUUUCCUCAACUGAGAACUAUGGCGGCAUUCAACAAAACUCAGCUUGCCAGUACAUCAAGCUGUAAAGAAAUAAAAGUUUGGACUAAUUAGACUGUUUUCUGGUAAAUGAAUCAUAGCUUGACGACCGUUGAGAUUUCAACAGAACUGACUUUGUUCUUCAUCAGCUUGAAACACCACAUCGCGAUCGAGUUUUAGAACUUGGUUGGUUUUCAUUUUUUGUGAUGUAAAGUUUUGGUAACACUUUAUAGUAAGGUCCAAUUUGAUAGUAAAUGCAUUAGCUAACAUCAAACAAUGAAUUUGACAGCAUUUAUCAAUUAUUAUUUUUUUAAAGAGGACCACAGGUCUUAAGACUUCUAUAAUUUUUUAGACUUAAUAUAACAAAUGAUGUCUCCUACUGAAAUAUGUAGUAGAAAACUGAAAGAUUUACGUUAUUUUAAAAAAAUCCACAUUUUAUGCAGCACAACGCAGAAUACAUAACUUGUAAAAUAAAAUGCUGAUUCGAUGCCACAUUGUGUGGCUUUUGGUUGUAAUUCUCAGUUGAAGGUCAAGAGAAGUGAUGUAAGUCUUCACUGCUUUCCUAGAGAGAAGAAGAGGAGAAAAGAAUGGGAAGGUGCCUGUAGACGAAAAAAAAAUUCCUGAAAAAAGGCCAGAACCUUUGUUCUCUCCACUUUAGCCCUGAUGUCUUUGAGGCUUUUCCAAAUCAGUUAAAUAAUUGCAUUGGAAAAUGAUUCACUGUUUCGAAGUGCUCCAAUCAGAUCGCAAAUCAUUUUAUUCAAAUCGGGACUUCAAAUUGUAUAUUACGAAUCAGACUUUGGAGCGGGUUCACAAACUAUUUGAUUCAGAUAAGAACUUUGAUAGGAACUUAGGUUCACAAAUCAUUUUGUGAAUUAAAUGAUUCAUGAUCCGUGUUUCGAGUCCUGAUCUGGAAAUGAUGAUUCAUGAAUCAUUAUUCAGAUCAGGACUUCAGAGCACGGAUCACGAAUCAUUUGAUUUAGAUUGGAACUCCAGAGCGGGACUUCAGAGCACAGAUUGCAAAUUAUUUGAUUUAGAUAUUCAGAUCGGGACUUCGGAGCAUGGAUCACGAAUCAUUUGUUUUAAAUAUUCAGAUCAGGACUUCGGAGCAUGGGUCGUGAUUCAUUUCUAUAGGAUAUUCAAAUCGGGACUGAUUUAUGAAUCAUUAUUCAGCUCGGGGACUUUGGAGCAUGGAUUGCAAAUCAUUUGAUUUGGAUCGGAACUACAGAGCGGAUUCACAAAUCUUUUGAUUCAUAUCAGGAUAUGAAUCGUGGAAUGCAAAUCAUUGAAUUUAGAUAUUCAGAUCGGGACUUCGAAGUGUGGAUGGCGAUGGAUCACGAAUCAUUUGAUUUAGAUCGGAACAUCAGAGUGGAUUUGUUAAUCUCCUGAUUCCGAUCGAGACAUCAGAGCGCGGAUCUCCAUCUUUUUUCAAAUUUGAAAGAUAAGUCAUUGUUUGACAAGUGAGACCUUUGUUUGACGUCCUUGAAAAUCAAAAAAAGUAGUAUUUGAACAGUCCUUCAUUCCCUGUGGAGAAAACGGAUGGCACAUCACCACCUAUAAGCUGUUUCAGUAGCUGUGGUCUUAUAUUCUGAGUUGUGUUGUGGUAAAAAUAGCAAAAGGUAGCGCCAGUAGCUCAUGAGUGCAACCGUUUCAUGUCAUCUAAAUAAUGGCACCCCCCCAGUCCAAAAUAUGUAUAAAACAAUGUGUAUUUUUUAAAUAAUGUAAAUCUACUAUGGGUUUUCUACUACUUAUUUCAGAAGGAGACAUCAUUUAAGUUAGAUUAAGCCAUGCAGGUCUUAAUACCUAGGGUUCAGUUUACUUAUGAACAUGAAUUACCAAUGAACAAUAGUAUAUUUAGAAAUGAACUAAAACUAGCGCUACAUACCACACCACAGACUUGCACUUUCUUUUUUCACAGAAACGCAAAUGGCACCAUGAAAAUUACCUCAGAGACUUUUAAUAUUAAUAUUACUGCGCUAUAAGUGUGGCAUACUUAUCACUCACAAACUGAACCUUACUAUAAAGUAUUUCCAAGUCUAAAUCAUAUAGCAAACUUUAACAGAUGAUGUUUUACUACUCAUCCUAGCAAACGCUGUUCAGCAGCUGCAGUAGCCCUGCUAUGAACAUCUGUGUCCUUUCUCGCUGUUCACUUACUCAAGUUUACUUGUGUUCUUUGUACAUCUAGACUAAAAACUCCUGCAUCACUUGAACCAUUUAUUUAUUUAUAGUUAGAAAGGUCUGGAAAAAAAUACUGCUUUCUCUGAAAACAUUGCUGUACAAAUCUUUUCCUGGAGAGAAACCGCUUGGCUGCAAACUUUCUCUGGUGUCUUUUCAGAACUUAAGGGGGAAAAAUCAUCAAACCGCUGGAGCAAAUCAAGCAAAAGAAACAAACUCACGUAUAAUGCCCUGACAGGACUGACUGCAUAGACUAGUUGCACUGAAACUGCUUUUUGUGAAUGGGUACAGCAGCACUGCUCUGAUUUGAAUCGCAUGUGUCAUUAAAACAAUAAUCUGAAAGGAGUUCUGUACUUCCAGUAACAUCAACAACACAAUUUCUCUUUUUAAACUCUCUUUAAAUCAGUUGAUUUUAGCUCAUUUUCUCUGUAGAUAAAAUACACACAGGACAAAUGCAGUGUUUUAACUAGUGUGUCUGAUAUAUUUAUAUGUUAUUUAAAAGUGAUUCUUGCAUGCAGAAAACUCAGACCUGUGUUUGGUUCAGUGAUACAUAAAUAAAAACAUUUCACAGAGUGUUUUAUGGGUUUGUGUUUCACAUCAGGUCCGUGGAGAGCGAUUAGGUCAGCUCCGAGCGACCCCCUCUUAGAGGGACCGAGGGGUUGGGUGUGACCGUUCAGCAUUACAGAUGUUCCUUUUAUGUUCUCCAAAGUGUGCUGGUUUAUCAUGUUGAACUGAAACGGUCUUUUUCUCCUGAGAUUGUCUUUGUCAGUGCUCAAUUUAUAAAUGAGUCCAUUUAAGUGAGGUCAUACGUUAGUGUCAUUAGUCAGUACGAGGCUCGACGUUAAGAACAAGCGCCUGUGCUGUGAUAUAUAUCGCUGCUGGAAAACAGACCACAGUAAAAGAGCUAUAAAAAUCAGUCAAGACAUUCAUAAACCAGACCCGGCCAGAACCGAAACACCAGCUAAAUGAGGCCCAAAUGUGCGUUUAUAUGUUAUGUAGUUAGCAGGUGGAUACGGUUGCAUCAUAUAACUGUCAAAUUGUGCCAUGGUUUAGCUCUCAGUGUUAAAAAGCUAAUUGCUAUGUCAAACAUUACUGUUUAUAUUGCUAUUUGUUCUAGACCCCUGAAAUGAAGUAGUAAACUUUGUCACAUAACUCGUGUUACCGUUGGUGCAACAGACAUGAAUCAAUCGGAACACAUUAGCAACAGCCUAGGACUGUAAUUUUCAACCAGGAGACUGGGGCCCACUAGGGGGCCUUAGCAAACUUCCAAGGAGGCUCAAGAUGACUUAAAAUGAUUUAAAAUAAGAACGAAAAGCAAUAAAAGGAACCCAAACAACUAAAAAUCACAAUAUGUGUGACCCUGGACCACAAAACAAGUUGUAAAUAAUGCAGGUAUAUUUGUAGCAAUAGCCAACAAUACAUUAUAUGGGGUUGUAUGGGACAUGCAAUUUUCUUACAGUUAGUCCACAAGUUCUGACGCGUAUCUUUCUUAUUGAACUCGUUUACUCACGACUCGGAAGUCCAUGAAUCCCUUUUGUUUCUUCGUUUAUUUUCAACAUCAAAUGUUCAACACUUCUUACAGUCUUCCUGCAUAAAUCCACUAGGGUUACAACAACUUAUUUGCUGUAUCUUGACGAACUGUGAUUUCAGUUAUGACUGUUUUUGAUUACGGUCAAAAGCUUGUGUUCUCCAAAACUUGCACAUCUAAAUAACUUCUCCCAUGCGUCAAUAAUCAUGCAACUACGCAAUUACGGAAUGACAUCACUAGACGCGCAGAAAAAACUAAUAUGAACUGAAAAAUAUACAGCAUAAUACAACACAGAUUAUGAUAAUCAUAAAUGAAAGUUUAAAUAAUGAAUUACGAUAUAUGGCUCUUACAGGGUCAAAAUGAUCAAUUUUUCUUUUAUGCCAAAAAUCAUUAGGAUAUUAAGUAAAGCUCAUGUUCCAUGAAGAUAUUUAGUAAAUUUCCUACUGUAAAUAUAUCAAAACUUAUUUUUUAUUAGUAAUAUACAUUGUGAAGAACUUAAUUUGAUUUGGACAACUUUAAAGGUGAUUUUCUCAAUAUUUUGACUUUUUUUGCACCCUCGGAUUUCAGAUUUUCAACUAGUUGUAUCUCGGCCACAUAUAUCCUGCCCUAACAAACCACACAUCAAUGGAAAGCUUAUUUAUUCCGCUUUAAGAUAUACAAUUUUGACUGGUUUUGUGGUCCAGGGUCACAUUUUAAAUUUACCUCAACUUUUAUUUGUCCUUAUGGAGAGAAAAAAAAAAAAAAAAAAAAAAACCCUGCAUAUAUGAGGAAGCCUAUUUUUUCUACUUAUCCCAAGCUCUAAAAUGAUUAUUGGCUGGACACUGUGAUUAAAUCUUAUCUUCUAUACUCAUUAUGAAACAAGACAUAUCAAUUCAUUGGUAAAUGAGAGUGGGAUAUAUUUAAAGGUAUUUUAACUUCACUUUGGCUUCAUUUUGAGUGGAUCCGCUGGUGUUUGGCUGCAUGGGAAUCAUUUCACUUUGGCAGUAGCAUAAAGUGAAAACAUAAAUUUUAUUUCCUUCAUGUGUUUGAAACACAGCCAGUUUAUUGUUACAAUAACCUUUUAGGAUUCUUUCAACUUUAGAAGGGAAGGGAGUCAAACAAUUACCUCUUUAUGUCUUUCUACAAAAUACUUUAAUAGCAAUGUGGAUGUAAUAGGUCAGAAAGUGAAUAAAUGUCUGACAGGCAUGCACAUUGGAAAGACAGUAAUAAUUACAUCCGUUGAUA